UUCCCUUAUCGAUCUCACACCGAGCAUUAGACGAUCAGUUUCCCGUGUUGCAGAUUACAGAUCGGACCGUCUCGACGACCUUCGUAACAUACCUAUACUGUACUAAUGUAGAUACUCUAGAUUUAUAUAAACCGCACGUUUAUACACACGGUCGAGAAUAGUUUGCAAUCAUCAUUCUGUGUCUAUCUAGAUGGCAGGCGAGACUACCGAUUCGACGACGUUGCAGACAGAAGCAGAAGUAGAACAGGAAGUGACUCCGUGGACGGUGCAAGCGGGAAAAAGGGGAAUCGACUACAACAGACUAAUCGAACAGUUUGGUAGUCAACGAAUCGAUCCCGCUUUACUAAAAAGAAUCGAACAAGUCACAAAGCAGUCCCCACAUCGAUUCCUGAGGAGAGAAAUAUUCUUUUCUCACAGAGACAUGCAACUCGUGCUGGAUAACUAUGAAGGAGGAAAGCCUUUCUAUCUGUACACAGGAAGGGGACCGUCGUCGGAGGCCAUGCAUCUGGGGCAUCUGAUCCCUUUCAUUUUCACGAAGCACCUGCAAGACGUUUUCGACGUGCCGUUGGUUAUUCAGAUGACGGACGAUGAGAAAUUUCUGUGGAAGGAUCUCGCUCUAGAUGAGGCCUAUCGUUUGGCGUACGAAAAUGCGAAGGACAUCAUUGCUUGCGGAUUCGACGUCAAGAAAACGUUUAUCUUUUCCGAUCUCGACUUCAUGUCUGAACCUCAGUUCUACCGAAAUGUACUGAAGGUAAGAAAAUGUGUCACUUUCAAUCAAGUAAAAUCAAUCUUCGGCCUAACAGAGAGUGAUUCCACAGGCAAGAUCGCAUUUCCAGCAGUUCAAGCGGUACCUUCCUUCAGCAAUACAUUCCCUCAAAUCUUCGGGGAUCGCGCAGACAUUUUCUGUCUCAUUCCCUGCGCAAUAGACCAAGAUCCGUAUUUUCGCAUGACACGCGAUGUAGCACCGAGACUCGGAUACCUAAAGCCAGCACUCGUCCACUCCACAUUCUUUCCCGGACUUCAAGGUCCCAAAGGCAAAAUGAGUGCAAGCGAUCCCAAUUCAUCCAUAUUUCUGUCCGACACAAGCGAACAGAUUAAAACAAAGAUUCAAAAGCACGCCUUCUCUGGAGGCCGCGAUAACCUGGAAGAGCACAGAAAACACGGUGGAGACACCGACCUCGACGUCUCGUACCAAUAUCUCACAUUCUUCUUAGACGAUGAUGCAAAACUUGCUCAAAUAAAAGAGGACUACGAGAGUGGACGUAUGCUGACUGGAGAGCUAAAGCAGGUGCUAAUCCAAGUUUUGCAAGAACUCGUCGUACAACAUCAAGAACGCAGGAAGAGCGUUACCGACGAGAUGGUGCGGCAGUUCAUGACACCCAGACCGCUAAACUUCGAUGCUGCUCGUAAAUAAUGCACGACGGGGAGAUAAAAAAGAAAUAAGAUUUUAAGACAAACUCGUUCAACCAUUGUUGAGCUACUAUCUAUACAGUAGAGAAGUGGCUAGUAGUAUAGUAAACGUUCUUGAAAGAUAAUAUACCACUUCUUGUCCCUCGUA